AUGGGACGCCACUGUGGCUACCUGGCCCUGGCUGCAUCGUUAGCGCUGGACGCGGAUUUCUGCUUUAUUCCGGAAUGGCCACCACCAGCCCGCUGGCAACAGAUUCUGUGCAAAAAGCUGAAACAGAUGCGCGAGGAUGGGAAUCGCGUGAAUAUUGUCAUUGUUGCGGAGGGUGCGAUCGACCAGAACGGGACGGCGAUUUCGUCCGAGAUGAUCAAGGAUGUGAUCAAGAACAAUUUGAAGUACGACACACGUGUCACCAUCCUGGGCCACAUCCAGCGCGGCGGCAGUCCAUCGGCAUUCGAUCGCCUGCUGGGAUGUCGAAUGGGCGUCGAAGCAACGGUGGCACUGAUGGAGAUGGACGACAAGACGGAACCCUGUGUUGUUUCGAUAGCCGGCAAUCAGAUGGUCCGCAUUCCGCUGAUGAAAUGUGUGGAGCGUACGAAAGCGGUCAAAAGAGCGAUGGACCAAAAGGACUGGGCAACGGCUCUGGAAUAUCGCGGCCACAGCUUCCGGCGAAACGUUGAGAUGUACCGGACACUAAACAAAAUCCGUAAACCCGGGAAAAUACGAUCCGAGGGCUUCAAUAUAGCAAUCAUCAACGUCGGAUCACCGAGCGGUGGCUGCAAUGCUGCAGUGGCUAGCUGUGUGCGAACUGCAAUUCUGCAAGGCUGCACUCCGUAUUGCAUUUUUAACUCGAACGAUGGUUUUGCCUCAGGACUCUUCCAGAAGAUGACCUGGAACGAUGUGUCGCUGUGGUCAGCUGAGGGCGGCUCAUUUCUGGGUGCGCAACGUACUUUGCCGGACAGUACCACGCUACCGUUGAUGGCCACCAAUUUGGAGCGGUACAAUAUCCAUGGUCUGAUAAUCAUCGGUGGUUUUGAUGCUUUUCAUACAUGCUUGAUAUUUGCGCAAAAUCGUGAGCAAUACCCGGCAUUCCGGAUUCCGAUGAGUGUGAUUCCGUCAACAAUCAACAACAAUGUACCGGGCACUGCGUUCACACUGGGCACCGAUACAUCGCUAAAUGAAAUUUGCAAAACAAUUGAUAAAAUUAAGCAAUCGGCCACCGGACAUAAACGACGCGUUUUUAUCAUUGAAACAAUGGGCAACUACUGUGGCUAUCUGGCAACACUCUCGGCGAUGGCCAGUGGUGCCGAUGCAGCGUAUAUUUAUGAGGAAAUUUUCAAUGUCCACGAAUUGGUCAGCAAUGUACGUGUAAUUCUGGAAAAGAUGGAAACAGGUGCACAGCGUUAUUUGGUUGUACGCAGCGAAAAAGCAUCCGAGAAUUACACGUCCGAAUUCAUCCGACAGCUUUUCACCGAAGAAUGCAAGGGUGCAUUCUCCACACGAACCAAUGUCCUGGGCCACACACAGCAGGGUGGCAAUCCAUCACCGUUCGACCGGCUUUUUGGCGCAAAAUUAGGUGCCAAAGCAGUUGUCCACUUGUUGGGUCAGAUGCGGGAAAUGAAACGCUCCGGCGGUCAUUAUCAUCCGGGAACAGCAACACUGCAGGGCCUAAUCGGGAAACACGUCUGCAUGACACCGGUCCAAGAAUUGGCCGAUGAUGCCGAUUUCCUGCAUCGCUUGCCCAUGGAACAGUGGUGGAUGAAACUACGACCACUUUUGCGUAUACUUGCGAGACACGCUUAG